CAAAUAAAUAAAAAAAAAAUUGUUGUGCUUUUGUGAAAAAAAUAUAAGUUGAAAAAAAUGGAAUCAAAAACAAAAAGAUCUCGGACAGCGAAUUGGGAUUCAUCCGAUAAAAUACUCCUUCGACAGCUCAUUGAAGAUAAAAUUCACAUAAUUGAAAACAAAAAUGUGGAUACAAAUACAUCGCGACUGAAAAGAGAAGCCUGGCGUGAAAUAACCAAUAGUUUCAAUAAUUUAAGCGCAACGGUGAGAGAAACAACUCAAAUCCAAGCCCAAUGGCGAGGCACAAAAAUGAAAGCUAAAGCCGAAAAUGCUAAUUACAAGAGAAACCUAAAAGCAACAGGUGGUGGGCCACCUCCUAAGUCGCCUGACCCAGAACACAAUAAAUUAUUGGCCCUCAUCCCCCAUGAAUUUGAGGAAGGCGAAUGUGAAUAUGAUUGCGAUACUGAGAUGAUGAAAGAAAACGUUACUCCUUUGAACCACAACAAGAUCAAAAAGAAAGAGAUUGUAGACGUUGAUUUUGAAGAACUUGUGCUCAUGGAAUUUGAGUCACCAAAAAAAUAUGAUGCAUCAUCCUAUUCACCAGCAAACAUACCUGAGCCAUUACCAUCGCAAUCACCACCUUUAACAUCACCAGCAAUAACAUCACCACCAGCACCACCACCACCAUCUUCACCUCCACCUUUGAAUACUUCUUUUAAAAAAAGUCUACACCAAUCAAACGGAAGAUGAACUGUAAAGACGGCGAACUCCUUAAAAAGGAAUUAUUUGAUUUCGCCAUGGAAAAUCGGAGAACCGAAAAAUCUUUAAUGCAGCUUGAACAUCAAGAAAAAAUGAAAAGCAUCGUGAUGGAGCGAAAUGAAAAAUUAAAAACCUUACAGAUGGAGCGUUUAGAAAAAGAGAAAACUCUAAAGAUGGAAAGAAGGCACAAAGAUGAAAUACACCAACUGAAAAUAAAACGAUUAGGGGAAGAGCACUUUACUUUUUAGUUAUGUUUUUGGUGAUUGUGUUUUUAGUUAUUAGUUUUGUUGUGAUUUUAGCUAUUAGUUUUUAUUCAUUCCAUUAGUUCCGUCCAUUUUUUUUAACACUCAUUCUA